GCCUAACGUUUCUCUUCCCCUUUCUACACUUUUAACCCAUUCCACUCUUUCUUUCUCAAGCCUUCCUCUUCCCCCCUAAUUCACCCUCUGAGCUCUCAACCAUGGCUGAGCACAAUCCUAGCCACCAGAGAGCUGCACCAAGACCCAACCCCACCGCCAGUGCUGCGUCCACUUUUUUACGAAAAUUCCAAGCUCAUGCACCCAACUCCGCUCAACUCCUCGGUUUCUUGACCCUCUUUGUUUCUGCUUCAAUUCUGCUAACUCUCACUGGCCUCACCGUCACUGCUGCCAUCCUUGGCCUGGUCUUUUUUAUGCCAUUGAUCGUCAUUUCUAGCCCCAUAUGGAUCCCGGUAGGCACCGUGCUGUUUGUGACGGUAGCCGCGUUCUUGACAGCAUGCGGGUUCGGAUUGGUGGUGAUGGCGGGGUUGUCGUGGAUGUACCGCUACUUCAGAGGCAUGCACCCACCGGGGUCUGACAGGGUCGACUAUGCACGGAGCCGGAUUUAUGACACGGCCAGCCAUGUGAAGGACUAUGCUAUGGAAUAUGGUGGUUACUUGCAAAGCAAGGCAAAGGAUGCUGCUCCUGGUGCAUGAGCAAAUGGAUCCAACCGGUUCGGAUCUUGGGUUGAUCCGGUCUCAGCUACCGGCUUUUCCGUUUUUUUUUCUUCCUUUAUCCAAUUUGUGAUGAUGGUAAUUUGGUUGUUUGAACCAAAAAAAAGGUUUUUUUUUUGUUUUAAAUCGAAAUUUUACUUAUCGAUUAUAUGCUUUUCAUUUGCAUGAAAUCAUAUCGAGAUUUAAAUGAGAAGUUCUUGUUUAUUCGAGAAAUUAAUUUAGGGCAUUUAAAUAAAUUGUAAAACUUUGGUUAAUUAAAGUUUUGAUUAAAGGCA